GCCUGUGGGGGAUCAAAUCUAAAGAUUUCGAUGCGUUAUCCUCUUCAGCCCGCUUUACCAGUAAAGAGUCGCUGAGCUUCGCGAGAGAUGGCCCCGGCGGAGUCGUCCACAGAGACCGCGUCCGUUCCGAACCGCGUAAUUCUCUCUUGGGCAUUUACGCAAACGCCAUUUCUGUGGCCAUCCAAUUCCAACUCCAUCCCCAAGCCCAGUAAUUUAGUUCGUCCAAGCAUGAUUCUUCGUGACCUUCGCAGCUCAGUCAUGUCAACUGCUGAUAACUGUCUCGGCUUUCUUCACCUUUUCGCAACUGAAAAUCCGGUUCUCAAGCAAGUGCUUUCCUGGUCUUCUCAAUUUCAGGGCAUCUGCCAGCAGAUUAACUGCAGGAAACACAGGAAUAUGAAAUCUCUGUCCAAUCAUAAUUUUGCUGCGGUCAUACCGGGAGAUUCUGUGGCAGGGGUCGUGGUGGCUAAUGGUAUCCUAAAUUUCUUGAACAUUUAUAACACGCUUUUGAUUGUCAGGCUUGUUUUGACCUGGUUUCCAAACGCUCCUCCUGCCAUUGUUAGUCCCCUCAGCACUAUAUGUGACCCAUACCUGAACAUAUUCCGUGGAAUUAUCCCACCACUUGGAGGAACACUGGAUUUCUCUCCCAUACUGGCAUUUCUGGUUCUGAAUGCCUUUACUAGCACUGCUUCUGCGCUUCCUGCAGAACUUCCAGCAACAGGAACACCUGAAGAAGGUUGUGCAUCUCUUGCAAAGUUUACCAAUAGUACUACAUCACAGGACAAAUGGAUGAGAAGGCUUCACGGAAACAAGUCAAAGAGCUCCAGUGGUGUCAAUUAGGCUCUUCUGUUCAUUUCCAUCUCCCACUCUUUAGGUUUUUAUACCUUCUUAAUUGUCAUAGUCUUCUAGGUAUGCGGUGUCUGUAUUCUUGUAUUCUUUUGAGUAUUGGACAGUGACAUUCCGGCUAUUACCUUUGGCUUGUUCUGGCUGAACUGCAGAAAUUCUUCUGCUAUAUAUUGAAUAACAGUGCAAGUUAUUUA